AGCUGACUGUGGCGAGAGGCGGAUGGAGAAACAACAAGUCAAGCACGGGGAAUGUAUCCAAAGUAGCGAUGAGGCUCGAAUUGCAGAAAGUGCUGUAAAGUGUGCGCUCGCUCCAGCCACGGAACCGACAUUAGGCACCGCGUUAGAAGCAAUAAAUGAGUGUAAACUUCAGCCAAAAUGACCCGAUUGGACUGCGGGCGUCACGCUGGACGUGGAGCGUCUCCCAUCUACUUUUUCGUGCUGCUUUUCACCGUGCUGGACAACUGCAAGUCUGGGCUGGGAUUGCCACGACAAUCAGAGAGUUUUCUCCAGGAUCUUCCUCCAUAUGAAGUGGUUAACCCCACUAGAGUGAAUGUCAGAGGUCACUUCCUGUCCAACUUCCUGUCUCAUCAUGCUCGCCGUGUACAACGUCGCCGUGCCUCAGAGGAGUUCGUGGACCCGGAGAGAGUUUUCUACCAGUUGUGGCAUGGCGGCCAUAGUUUGCACUUUAAUUUGACUCUCAACAAACAGCUGCUGGCCCCAGGCUUCUUGACGGAGCGUCGCUAUGGUGGCCUUAAAGGGGGAAGGAUCCGCCCACCUGGAGCUGCACAGUGUCAUUUCCUGGGUGAAGUAUGGGACGGGACUGCUGUCAAAGGGAGCGCAGCGAUAAGUACCUGCCAUGGACUGACAGGACUUUUCAAAUUGUCGAAUGAAGAGUUCUUCAUCCAACCCCUGGAAAAGUCACAUGAUGAGCCCUCAGCACCCCAGGCCCAUGCCAUCUUCAAACGUCAUGCGCCCUUCCCAUCGUGGACUCCGGUUCUCCAGCCCAUCUCAGGGAAACAAGCAGUCAACGGUUCCUGUGGAGUCAAAAUAGAUAUCCAUCACAGUUUGGAAGAGAAUGAGAGAAAGCGGGAAUACUGGGAGCAGCACCACAACAGGAGGAAGAGAAGGAUCCGUCAGAGGUCCAUCAGCAAAGAGAAGUGGGUGGAAACACUGGUGGUGGCCGACCCAAAAAUGGUGGAAUACCAUGGCAGCAAAGGUGUUGAAAGCUACAUUCUUGCUGUCAUGAACAUUGUAGCAGGUCUUUUCCAAGAUCCAACUAUCGGAAACGCCAUCAACAUUGUUGUGGUUCGACUUAUCUUACUGGAGCAGGAUGAGGAAGACUUAAAGAUAACUCACCAUGCCGACAACAGCUUGAGUAGCUUUUGCAAGUGGCAGAAACGGCUGAACAUGAAGGGAGACGAUCAUCCCCUGCACCAUGAUGUGGCCGUUCUUCUUACGAGGAAGGACAUCUGUGCAUCUAUCAAUAUGCCUUGUGAAACGCUGGGUUUGUCCCAUGUGGUGGGGAUGUGUCAAUCACAUCGCAGCUGCAGCAUCAGUGAAGACACCGGCCUCCCAUUGGCCUUCACUGUUGCACAUGAGCUGGGACACAAUUUUGGGAUUCAGCAUGACGGCAACGGUAACGACUGUGAACCCAUUGGGAAAAAACCUUUCAUCAUGUCUCCACAGCUGCUCUAUGGCACCUUACUUCCCAGGUGGUCCCAAUGCAGUCGGCAGUAUAUUACACGCUUUCUUGAUCGUGGCUGGGGUUGGUGCCUUGAUGACGCCCCUGCGAAGGAUACCAUUUCACAAGGCUUGCUGCUUCCUGGGGUUCUGUACAAUGCUGCCCAUCAAUGCCGGUUGCAGUAUGGAUCUGGUUCCCUGCUCUGUGAUGACAUGGAUAAUGUGUGCAGCACACUGUGGUGUACUAUGGGAAAAACUUGCCACUCCAAGCUUGACGGAGCUGUAGAUGGUACCAGUUGUGGCCAAGAUAAGUGGUGCCUCGGUGGGGAGUGUGUCACAGCUGGACAUUAUCCAGACAGUGUUGACGGUGCCUGGGGUACAUGGAGUCAGUGGUCGGCCUGUUCAAGGUCAUGUGGGGCAGGAGUUGAGAGUGCGCAGCGUGAUUGUGACGACCCAGUUCCCAGGAACAGAGGGAAGUACUGUCUGGGAGAAAGACAGCGGUAUCGCAUCUGUAACACAACACCGUGUCCAGACAACAUUCCCACAUUUCGAGAUAUUCAGUGCAGUCACUUCAACAGUGCACUCUAUAAGGGAAAAUUCUACAAGUGGGUUUCAGUCAUCAGCAAAGCUAGUCCUUGUGAACUCCACUGCCGUCCACUAAAUGAACAUUUCUCAGAAAAGAUGCGCGAUGCCGUAACUGAUGGCACUCCUCGCUUUGAAGGCAACAAAAGCCGAGACAUGUGCAUCAAUGGCAUCUGUAAGAAUGUCGGCUGCGACUAUGUGAUUGAGUCAAAUGCUGUGGAGGAUCGCUGCGGGGUGUGUCUUGGUAACGGCUCCACCUGUGCAACUGUGAAGAAAACAUUUGAGGAAAGUGAAGGACUUGGUUAUGUGGACAUUGGACUGAUACCAGAGGGCUCAUGGGACAUCAGGAUUGAGGAGAUGGCUGAAGCUGGAAAUUUCCUAGCGCUCAGAGGUGACGGCCCCAACAACUAUUAUCUGAAUGGUGGCUGGACUAUACAAUGGAAUGGCGAGUACAAGGCAGCUGGGGCCGUAUUUACCUAUGAACGGACUGGGCAUCUGGAGAACCUGACUUCACCUGGGCCCACCAUGGAACCGCUGUGGAUUCAGCUCCUCUUUCAAGAGAACAAUCCAGGAGUUCGCUAUGAGUACACAAUCAGUCAAAACAUUUCUGAGGACAAUAACACCCCUACUUCAGUCUUCUGGAAGCGUGGUUCAUGGACUGAAUGUAGUGCCACCUGUGGAGCAGGUGUUCAGAGGCAAAUUUUUCACUGUGUAGAAAGAACCAACGGGAUAGUGGAUGAGUCAUUUUGUGACCCUUUAACCCGGCCUGAUGACAACCAAACUUCCUGUAACAACGGGCCUUGUCCAGCCAUAUGGUGGGUAGGUGAGUGGGAGAAAUGCACGGCAAGCUGUGGCAGCACCGGCGUGGCUAAAAGGACAGUGCUGUGCAUACAAGCCAUCAGCGUGGAUGAUCAGAAAGCCCUACAGCCCAGUCAAUGUAAACACAUCCCAAAACCUGAGUCAGUCCUGCCCUGCAACACCAAUAUCCCAUGUCCAGGAGAUUGGACCACUGGCAAUUGGUCAAAGUGUUCCGUAGCAUGUGGAAGAGGAGUACGUCGGCGUAACGUUACCUGUUCCAGAAACACCGGCAUGGACUGCGACCUGCAAAAGAAGCCACUUACUAUUAGUUCUUGCUUGAUCCAGGACUGUCCACAAAUUGUGGAAAAUUUUGGUGAUAUUGACUGGUCUGGAAGUGGAUGGGCAAGCAAAGAAGUGUUUAACGAACACAACACCAUCCCUGUAGCCAAACCAGCUCUAAAAUACAGUACCACCAAAGUCCAACCAAAAAAUAAUGAUCCAUAUGACUUGAAUAACAUUUUUGAAGACUUUCAUUAUCACAAUAAGAUAGAAAGUGAAGAACAUGCUCCUGAAGUGGAUGACUUUUACUAUGACUACAACUUCAUCAACUUUCAUGAAGAUUUAUCAAAUGAGAGUGGUGGAAUAGAUUCAGAGAACAGUCAGGAAAUUGGUUUUCUGCUAAAGGAAGAGCCAACGAGCAGUGUGAAUGCCACAACUCCUUCUUGGAAACCUGCAGAACCACAGAGCGUUACUAAAGACAAGCCGAAGGACAUUGAAAACCCUGGAACAGAAGAACCUGCUGAAAAACAUUCUGUAAAUUUUGAUGACUACCUUGCUGAGGAUUAUCUUCUACCUGUGUCCACCACCCGAUCACCAUCAGAGCAUUUAUCCCGAAAAGAUGGAAAUGAAGAUCUCCUGUGGUCUAAAUACAAUAACACAAGCCCCCCAAUGGAUGACACCACAGGGGAGCCUGCAAAGAGUGGCAAAGUAGGGCAAACUAGAGAAGAGGUUGAAAAUAACCACAAUUCUAUAAGAGUGGAAAAGCACAUGAAGGAAUUCACUAUAACUCCGUCACAUGCUGUUCCAAAGCUUGGAAUUCAAAGUGAGCGCAGUCAUGAUGUCACACUGACAGAGAAGACAGCCAUCCUCCAACAAGAGGAUGACUUACAGUUGCACCAAACUUACAUCACGCCACAAUUCUCUACUUUUACCUCAGCGCCAGAAACUGUAGAGGAUCAAAUAUAUUCAGAUUUAUACCUUAUUCAAAAUACCAGUGGAUCAACAGUAUUUUCACAUGACCAUGAGUUUGAAAAACUCCAUAUGACUCAUCUCAGUCCAGACUUGGUUACCAUUAAAGAUGGUUCCAACGUGUCUGACAGUGGCCUCAGUACAACCUCACUGCCUCCCUCUGAGAGUUCCACUCCUCGACUUCCUCCACGCCUGCAUGUUUCAGUUCAUCAAAAUGCCCCUGAUGACACCAUAUUCUCUGCUGGAACACAAGUCCAGCCACCUACAAUCCAGGAAGGAUACACUCAACCUCUCACAUAUGAUCUCCAGCCAGUGACAACAAAACAGACUCCAACCAAAGCCUAUACUGAAAGGACUGGAUCAGAUUUCUCUGUGCACCAAUUGUCAUUUACAUUUAAUGGCUAUGACUCCAAUCAAAUAACCCCGAUCUUGAGAUCUGGUAUUGUGAGCCAUCCUGGCUCUUCAUACAUUACCCCAAUGCAAAACACAGCAAUAACUCCUCAACAUACUACCUCAGCAAAACCAACAGUGGAUGCCUCACCAAGCCAGUAUCCACACCUUCGGUUGCUUCUUCAGACAACAGAAAGGACGCCAGCUGCCACACAAGUCGCAGCCUUUUGGGUUACUGGUAACUGGAGCUUCUGCUCCACAAGCUGUGGUCUGGGUGCCAUCUGGAGAACUUUGGCCUGUAGUACUGGCUCCGAGUCUGAUUGCGACCCAGCCAAGAGGCCCACACCUGCCCAACGUUGUUACAUGCGCCCCUGCUCCAUGUGGAGGUUCGGAGAAUGGUCAAAGUGCUCCAGGAAUUGUGGCGGUGGUAGAAAAUCCCGAGAAGUCCAGUGUUUCGACAUGCGUGAUCAAAGACCUCUACGACCUUUCCACUGUCAGGCAACGUCCUCGAGGCCACAAAGCCAAAUGCCCUGUAACCUUCAGCCAUGUCUGGACUGGUACACUUCGUCCUGGGGUCAGUGUUCAGAGGUUUGUGGAGGUGGAGGACAGCAACGUCUAGUCUCCUGCCCAGAGGAGAAUCUUUGUGACACUGAAAUUCAGCCCAGUAACAUUCAGCCCUGUAAUACUCAACCUUGCGCUCAGUGGCUAACUGGAUCUUGGGAACAGUGUUCAGCUUCCUGUGGCGAAGGGGUGCAGCGACGACUCGUUAAGUGUGUUAACAUGAAGUCUGAGACCCAAGAACAGGUGGAUCAAAGUCAGUGUGACUAUGAGGUGCAACCGGGGAGCACACAGAAGUGCAACUUGAAUGAAUGUCCGAAGGACUUUUCUGCCCCAUUUCCCCCACCCCCCACAGGAGCAGUGUGUCUCCGUGAUCGUCUAACAUCUCGCUUCUGUCAGACUCUGCGCUCAUUAGGCCGUUGCCAGUUGCCCAACGUGCAUUCACAGUGCUGCAAAACCUGCAACCAACGGCCAAGCCGGGCCAGCAGUGCCAGUCACCACUGAACCAAGAACAAGGCAACAACUCAUCAGUGGAUUAUGCAGUUCAUCACCUCAACGGACUGUUUGCUUUACUUCUUUGUUUAGUAGUGGAGGGAAUGUAAAUGAUUAUUUUCACUUUGUAGAUAACAUUUUGCCCAGAAUGGCAAAACUGUCAUUGACAAAAGGUUACAGAAGCUAAUACUCUCACUUCAAUGUAGCCAGCUUAAAAUAGAAAGUAUACACACAACUAGGAACCUACACGUAAAUAUUUGAGUUUGGAAGCAACUACAAUACUAAUAAAUGUGUACAUUCAAUACAUAAGUACAGUAUGAAUUUACAAAAAGAGGUGCUUACGUUCCCUAUUUCUCGGUUUACCAGCACAUAAUUCUUGCACAACACUGUUAUCAAAGCUGAUUAUCUGCAGAUGAGGAUUUCCAAAAUUGGUAACAUAUCGUCCAGACUAUUGGGUGAUUGGAGUAAGCUCAACCAUAACCUGCACGACAGCUCUUCAUUAUCAGACUUAAACCAGUCCAUGGUUCACAAUCUCAUUACAAAUCUCAGUACAUGUGACUCUGAAAGGUCGACAAAGGUAUCUUUUGAAUACCAUUUUGCAAAUUAGGCUGAUACAUAAUGUACUGUGAGCCUUUUGAAUACUGCAAUUAAUAGGCCUUAUUAAUGGUGCUCAAAGAAAGUCCAAAAAUCUUAAUGAAAAAAAGAAUUAUGCGCUCACGACAACAAAUGGUGAAAAUUAGGCUGCAGGACAUUUGCGCUCGAAGCCACAUGGACUACUAAAUUCAGGUGAGAUAUGUGCAGGCCAAGUGCCUUUAUUAAAUAUUUAAAUACCCUUCAAAUCAUUCCAGACUUUUGAUAGUUUAUUAAGUAUCAAUCAAAUGCAGCUUUUUUUGACCUACUGUAGGUAUAUACAGUAUGUCAAGGCUGUAUUACCAUAUGUUUUGUGAAUUGUAUUUCAAUUUUUUUGCAAGCCAUUUCUACAGUCAGUGUCUCAUUUGUAAAUGUAGGAUACAGUGAGUGAUUUUCCUUUUUUAUUUUAUUUUUGCAAGCUUCUCUGAAACGAUAAUUGGCAACUGCAAAGUCUCAGACCCGGUUUCUCCAAAACCUUUUGCUGCAACAUAAUGGACCAGAAAUACUAAUGACAUAAUAAUGACAAAUAAUAAAGGCAAAUAGCUUUAUUGUCAUAAAGGAACCUAUAAUUUGGUGGAAGUAACUUCCAUCCAUCCAUUUUCUUUACUGCUGUAUCCACACAGCGGUCGCCAAUUUGCUGGAGCCAAUCCCAGCUACAUUUGGGCGGGAGGCGAGGUACACCCUGGACAGGUCGCCAGGCAAUCACAAGGCACAGUCGACACUGGCUUCUUGGAUGUGGGAGGAAACCAGAGUGCCCAGAGAAAACCCACGCAGGCACAGCGAGAACAUGUAAAGUCCACAAAGCUGGGGCCGGGAUUUGAACCCAGGUCCUUAGAACUUUGAGGCAGAUGUGCUCACCAGGCGUCCACUGUUUCACCGCGAAGUAAAUUGUCUCCAAAAUGAGUUUUCUCAAUGUCUGUAUUUAUACCUUCACUCAUGAAGGUCAGUCAGUUUUUGACUGCAUUUUAUGCAUUUCUCAGGUAUCUAUUCACCAAUCGAUGCAGGUAUGAAACAAGAUGCAACAUCUCACCCAGUCUGAGCAGUCUUACAUUUGGUUUUGGAAUUUAAUUGAAUGUUAUUUGUGCCAGCAACCAAAUGAAAUGUAAAGCUGUGCUACACAUUUUUAGUGGAUUUUUUUAUUUUUUAUUUGAACUUGUUUACACUUUUUGCGGUAAGUCCAAAUUUCUGUCACUGCCUUGACAAACCCUGAACACCUUAUGUUGUCUUACAAUUCAUGUUCAUGCUAGCAUUGGUGCUAAGGUUACUAACAGCUGUGUGUGUUUGUAUGUGCUUUGCCACAUGAGAAUAAAGUUCCAUUUGAAGACAUAAAAAUCUUUUGUCUUAGACAGCUACUCAUCAAAUGGCUUUCACAGUUUGUCUUACCACAGAAGCUGAAACACAAAACAUACUGCAGGAAAGAAAAUAUUUUUCCUUACAGCUGCUGAUUUUUUUGUGGUAUCCAUUUCUAAUGUGAAAAUGCAUGAAGAUACAUAAUUAGAUGUUUUUUCACUGUAUACAAUCUAAAUAUUUACAGUUGAUUUCACAGCCGUGUAGUCUUUAUUAUAAAAAGUAUGUAAAUCCAUGAUUGUAUUUUUUUGUUUUUUAACGUAAAAAUAUA